UCGAAAAUAAUUAAAUUAUAUACAUAGGAAGAAAAAGAGGGGAGGCUCCUCAAAAAAAGAAAAAAAAUGGGUAGUUUUGAGGAGGAGAAUCUGUAUCAGAUGGUGAAUGAUUUUCUUGAAUCAGAAUCAACACCACCACUUUUAUCUUCUGCCCCGCAAAGCUUGAUCAUCAAUGGUCAUCAUGCUAAAUAUUACAUCUUGCAGGAGAUUCUUGAAAGUGGGGAUGUUGCAGAAACUGAUGUUCUUGGGAGUGUAAUGACGCAUAUGAGAAAGAAUAUUGAUGUUGAAUGGAGUACUACUACACUGAAGAAGUGGCUUGUCAAGAAGUUGAAAAUUGAUGGCCUUAAUGCAGCUCUAUGUCACUCCACUUGGCCUACUACUAUGAAUUGUCCUGGUGGUGAAUAUGUUUACGUUGAAGUUAUACCAGAAGAUAAAAAUGGUUGUCCGUUGAAGGUGAUAGUAGAUACAGAUUUCAAGUCACAGUUUGAAUUGGCAAGGCCUACGUCAACUUACAAAGAGCUCUCCAACAUGGUGCCAACUAUCUUCGUCGGGACAGAACAAAAGCUGAAGAAAAUUAUUUCCAUUCUUUGUGCAGAAGCCAGAAUUUCAUUUCUUGAAAGGGGUCUCCAUGUACCUCCAUGGAGGACAAGCACUUACAUGCAAUCCAAAUGGUUUUCUGCCUGUGAGAAAGGGCAAUAAUUUCGCAUAAGCAGAGAAGUUGACACAAAAAAGAAGAAAUGAAUGAGAAAAGAGUUGGUGACAUUGUUCUAUCUAAAAUUUCCACAAUUUUGUAAAAUUAAUUUGGUUUCCUUUUAAAAUAUCCAAUGUGGUGUGUGAAUAUUUUAGGAGCCCAAACUAUGUGAUUGAAUAAAUCCUUCUCUAUGUGUUGCGGGUCAAGGGCUACUUCUCCCU